AUGCACAGGCUUCUUCUCACCAUCACCGCUCUCACAUCCUUUGCCCUGGCCGAGUAUCGUCCAGAAGAGCGCGUCGUCCUAGCAGACUGCAGUAUCCACCCACCCAACGGCGAUUCCACCUUACGCCAAAUCAUGUAUUAUCACGAUGCACCAUGGGCAUUCCAGGGAACACGAGGGAAAUGGGUCACACCAGAAAUGACGACCGAUGUCCCCUGGUACAGGUCCUGUCCCUGGCGGACAAAGGGAGUGAAGCGCAAGAUGCCCAAUGGUGACGAGUUCACCAUCGCGAUCGACCCUUCAAUCCCUGAUUCCAACGAUCGAUUCGCCGGGCUCGCAGGGCAUACCUUUGAAUCUCAUGGGUUUGGACGCCGUGCUCAUCACGAGCGGGGGUUCUACAUCCUCGACGAUGACACCUAG